CCAUAUAUAGAAAUACAGUUUUAGAUAUAAACCAAAUUAUUACUUAAAAAAAUAUAUGCAUUAUAAUACUAAGCAUUCCAAGAACACCAACAGGGCAACAGGAUUACUGAUUACAGAUUAUUUAUCUGUGUUUUGGAACGGGGAGUUAAGGCGGUACUAGGGAAGCCAAUCUGUUUGUUUAUGGUAAAAAGCUUGCAGUCCUAGAUGGGCAGGGGAUGGUCACUCUCUUGUGCAUCAUUUAUUAGCUUAGUCAGGCAUCUUCCAAUAAAUUUUAUUUGUCAACAUGGGGCAAAGGAAUACCCCACACAACAGUCAUAUGAUUGAUUUUGAAGCAGACCAGCAAGGGCAACACCAUAUUCUCCCUGAUCCUUGUGUCUUUUAUGGGAAUUUACCAACUUUUCCGCAGCCUAAUGUUCAUACUGUAGUACCAGUGUCAGGAAAUGCUGGUAAUACCUAUCUGCAUCCGCUGCCAGAACAGCAUGAAAAUCCAUUAUUUUAUGGGAUGACACAUUAUAAUGGCACUAUUCAUCAGUGUCCUGCAACAAACCUUGACAUAGCUAUGGCUACAUCUUCCAAUCAUUAUAAUCCUUAUGUGGCUGCUCCUGCUACUAGAGAAUUCCCAACUCCUGUAAUCCAUGGAGCACAUGAUCAUCUCCCAUUCACAACCGCUCAAGGCGUGGUUGGAAUUCACACAGAUGGUUAUGGAAGGAAUAUCCCUUAUGCUGAUGGUGUUAGAGGCUUAUUUAAGAGAAAGAAUGCUGAAGGAAUCCCCAUGAAUUUCCAGUACCAUCAUUCUAUGGUGGGUUCUAGUUCUGCAGUCGCCCCAGUGAUUGCAAGAGUACAUGAAGCUGAUACUCCUUUGGUGGAUGUUGCCUCACGAAUCCCACCUGAUUAUGUCGAUUCAUCCUUGUUGACUGAAGAUGUAUCUCAGAGAAGCCUGAGGAACAGAUCUGGUGUUAGUGCUCAAGAAACCAUAACAGCACAUAGCAGUAAUCGCUUUAUUCAAGGAAGCUAUGUGGGCCAAGCAUUUCCAUUGCCUCCUGCCAAUCCUUGGUUGGACAUGCAGCUGAAUGGUAAUCAGGCUGCUCUUUUACCUUAUGUGCAUGGAAGCAUGGGAGGUUGUGUGGAGACUGGAAACAUGGGAAUACAAGGUUAUCAAGGAACAGCUAACAAUAGGAGCUUGAGUAGCUAUAUGCAUCCCCCUAUUGCGCAAGGAUUUCCGAGCGUUCAUCAUCAUCCACAAUCCAUACAGGGGAUGGGAGGUCAUAAUAUCAACUUCCCUCCUCAAAUGGCAUCAUCAUCUUCACGCAGACUCGUAACAAAUGGCCCCUCAAGCAGCAGCAUAAGUCCUUUCCCAGGUGUUGUUGAGGCGGGUCCUAGAUAUAUGGGACCUUUCCCACCUACUGGCUUUAGACUAUACAGGCCUCAUAGAAGGGAUUUUGUGGUUGAUACAAAUAUUGCGAGAAAUCGUAACAUUCCUAACAUGAGAGUUCUGCCAGAAGAUGGAGUGGCGAUUUUAGAGAUUCCUGAGUACAAUGAAGUAGGGGAUUCUAUUGAUCAGCACAGAGAUAUGCGAUUGGACAUAGAUCACAUGUCUUAUGAGGAGCUUCUUGCAUUGGGAGAGCAGAUUGGGUGUGUAACUACUGGGUUGUCAGAGGAAGUCAUUAUAAGCCUUUUGAAAACAAGAUCAUUCACUUCCUCUAAUCCCUACAGUACAGAAUGUUUGGACCAAGAAACUGAUUUUUGUGUGAUAUGCCAGAACGAUUACAAAGACCAAGAAAAGAUUGGAAUUGUUUCAUGCGGGCAUGAAUAUCAUGUAGAUUGCAUAAAGAAGUGGUUGGUUGUGAAGAACAGUUGUCCAAUAUGCAAAUCCACAGCUGUGACGCCAGGAAAAACGGAGUUGUGAGUUGAGGUUGUUGAUCGGCGCCUCUGUAAGAAACAUAUACAACUUUUGUUUUCAUAUCUAAGUAUUUAUUGCCCAAUGAGAAGGCUGGAACAAUUGUCCAAAGCUGUACCAUAUAACUCUGUAUAUACUUUGCUGCUGAGAUGUGGCUAGCAGCCAAAACUAGUCACCUGACAUUUAAUCUUCUUGGGCAUGUAUCUCUCGCCCCCGCCCCCCACCCCCUGGGAUUGUACAGACUAUAGAAUUCCAAAGGUUCAUUUGGGUUUGAACUGUGCAUAGUAGUUGUUGUAUCAAAAUUGCUGUUGAUAUGCAUAUGGUGUAUCAAAGAUACAUUCAUUGAUUCUUUUGCGAUCGCUUUGUAUCA